AUGUCGGGUGCCGCUGCGUCGCUGUACGGGGCGUAUGAUACACUGCAAAGCCUGGAGGCCUCAAACGAGGCUGUGGAACAGGCGCUCGAGGACUUGAUCCAGGCCAGCGAGAACGAGGACGUGCGCGUUCGCCGCCUCGUGGCGGGGUUUCUUGCCCAAAACGGCGCUCGCAGUGAAGCCAAGCAAGAGGCCGUUGCCACUGCCUUUGAACGUCUCCUCAACGAUGCCAACAGCGGCGUGGCUAGUGAGGCACGCAGCCAGCUUCGUUUGAUUCGAGGCCAACACCAUGUCAGCUUGGCCAUGCUCCCUCGCCUGCUGCGCCAGACGCCCCUGCCCACCGAUUCUGUUCUGGCCGUGGCCAAAGGUCACCCGCAACGCUUUUUCGUGGAGUUGGCCUCACUCAUGCCACAAUGCGAGGACGAGGCGCGCCGGACCGAGCUAUUGACAUUGACGUGCCAAUUCGCCAGCACUCAGCACGAUCUUUUGGCGGAUGCACCUGCUGCUGAGUCCGCCGCUGCCACCUGUCUUUUCAAGCUUUUGGAAGACGUGAGUCGUGAAGAGUUUGAAAAACUUUUUGCCGUGCUCAAGAGCCUCAAAAUCUAUCAGCAACAGACCAAGGCUGAGCCCGGGCCGCCCCCUAGCCAGCGGAGCCUCUUCACCCUUCUGAUGCAACGUGUCUGCCUUCUGCCCCCAUACCAGGAGCUUUUGACCUACUUGUUCGACCUCUCCGAAGCCAACAACGUUGAUCCUACCAACGAAGAGAGCCUCGACUUUUUCCUUCCUUGCUUACAACAGGCCACAGAUCUGCUCGAGCGUGGUGCAGUGGGCACGGCCUUCUUCCACGUGUUGGAAACCAAGCUGCUGCCCAAAUAUCGUGAUCUGCCCGAUGCCUUCCGCGUACCACUACUCAAGACCACAGCUGAAGCCUGCAGUACGCCAGGCCUCAUCCCCGAGGCAGCCGGCACAUUGGGUCCCGUCGUGCUUGGCCUGGCUGUGGCCGCUCUUCCCGCUGUGUCGGCCAGUGAGGCAGGGGACGGUGACGAGCAAUCAGUCGAGGCCACCAAGGGCACGGAGCAAGAGUCAGAGCAAGAGCACGAGCAAGAGGCGGCGCCCAAGGCAAGCUCGCCGCCGGCUGCUGCUGAGGAUAUCAACUACACUGAGCUGGAAUGCCUCUUGAGCAUGCUUCAUAGUUGCAACCUCAAGCGCUUCGAUCUGGACGGCGCCGAUAAGCAAGAUGUGUUGAAUGGAUUGGAUGUGGUGAUUGCGCGCACAACUGCUCACCUCAAAGGAGUGUCUCAGACACUGCGAAUGAAGGAAGCUCUGCCCGAUAAGACGGAGGCUGAUCAGCGCCAGAUUCAACAGCUACGAACGGCUCUGGGCACGGUUAAAAACAUUCGAUUGCUGCGUGCUGCCCUGGAUGAUCCAGAAAAGGUGACGCAGCCCAUCUUGUUGUCCUGGACUGCAGCUGCGCGCAAAGCCGUCCGGCCUGUACUGGGGAAGCGCCCCAACAACAACCGCCCCCGUGUUCGUGGCCGCGGGGGUGACGCAUCCCAGGGCGUGCUGGCUCGUCAAGGGGGCAAAUCAAGGGCCAAUGCCGGCAAGCGCAGUGCACACCAAGCUGGCUUCUACGAGGCUCCGCGAGGCAAGGUUGAGGCCGAGGCGGAUUCGAAGCGCGCCAAGAGCGGUGGCCGAAAUCGCCGCCGCAACAACAAGGGGGCACGCAACGGCAGGGGAGCCCGACAACCCAAUGGUGGCGGCAACGGCAGCAGUGGGCGCAUUGUGAUGCGACAAUAGAGUGCCCUGGUUUGGAGGGGCUUUCCGCACAGAUGCCUCGCCACACCAUACAUGUCUUGUAGCGACCGUUGCGCUGUUUGGCUUUGGCUUUGGUUUUGUUUUGUUUUGUUGUUUGGAUUUUGGAUUUGAGCAUUUGAGUUUC